UCAUAAUUUUAUUAACAUUCAAGUUGAUGUGCAAUUUAUUAUAAAAAAAUAAAACAAUUAUGCUUGCUUGUUGCUUGUUAGUCGCACCGAAAGCUACGGAAAUUGAUAAACAUGCAACCAAUCACACCGAAGGAAUAGGGGCUUAAAGAUGGUGCGCCAAUGUAUAUUCGACGCACAAUAACGAAAUCGUCAUUUUGUGACGUCAUGUGAUCAUUAUUCGAGUAUGCGUGGUAUUACAAAUGGUCGCUGGAAUAUUUGCACAAACUUCUUCUAUCUGCAUUACUCUUCUUGGAUAUAUUACGUCAUCGUUUGGAAUAGUCUCCAUUGCUACAGGCAUCAUUGGAUUAGUGCUGUCAUUUCGUAUGCAUUUAACUUGUUUGAAUACAACUUUCAUGGGAUAUUCCAUAACAACUGCAAUUUACGCCUUACCAAUGAUCGCGCUGAUGCUUCCGAACAGUACCUUUGUGACUCCGUUCGUGUAGGCUGUAUAGUGAUUGCCAAUAAUAUAGCCGAUACAGUUAUCUUUGUAUCGUCGGUAAUCGCAAGCGUGUUAUGUUGCCUGAACAAUGUUAGCUGUCGAUGCUCAAAAAAAGUAUUUGCUAACAACUACAGUUCAGAUGUUAAACACUGCUGCGACUGUUCCUGACCAAACAAGUAUCAACACGCCACUGCUAGAAUGAGAUUUCUCCAUCUUCACAAACAAUACUUAAGUCGAACCACCUCCACCAUGUGUGGAAUAAAAGCGCCAACAACUGUAUUCGCUUCUCAUCUUUUUCCUUCUCAUCAUAUCAGACGAAUGAGAGCUGCUUUAUUGCGAUGCAUGCGUUGAAAGUAAAACCACACAUAUAGACUGUAUUUUUUUGUCAUUUGUUUUUGCUUUUUUAAGAAGCAUUUUUUUUCUGCGCAAUGUUACAAUAUAUCAUUUACGCAUAUUAUAAGUUGUUAACCAUUAGAAUAAAAUACCCUUUUUACUUAUUUAUAUUUAUAUUGGAUUACUUGAGGAAUUUUGAUUUAAAGUAAAAUAAAAUCAAAAAAUCAAGAAAGCUAACAAGUCACGCAAGUGUAAUAAAAAAGUUACACUCAACAUAUCAAAAACAGAAAGAAAAACAAACCAAGAAUAACAGAAAGAAAAACAAUCAUACUUUUCAAAACGUUGCCAUAUUGAUCCACGUUAUCACAUACUUUACCGUGAGCAUGUCCAAUGCGUUACCCUUAAAAGGACUGUCCAAUAAAAAAAUAAUUUUUAUUAUAUCAACUAAUUAGUACUUAUUAUUUAAGAAUAUCUGCAUCUUUUAA